UGUCGAGUCUUCACUUUCUCAAGACUGCAAUAAUGUCGUCAAGUGCGCCUACAAACCUCCGCAGAGUCGUCGUCGAGGAUUUGCUAAAGACUAGGGAUGUCAAGGAAGAUGGAUGGACUGCUACUUUCGACCCAGACUCUGGGCUGCAUACCGUCUCUAUGACGUUGAAUGAAGAUGAGUUGGUGUGGAACGGGCUUUGGAACAAAAUCGAAGAGUUCGGCUUCGCGAGGACUGGAGUACUUAUGAAUGGUGGUACCAAGUACGAAAAGGUGACAUCGGAAUUCCUGGUGAAAGAACACGAUGAAGUGGCUGUGGUAGCAGACGAUCAAGCUUCCACUCCCACCACGAUAAAGAUCAGUGAAACCCUGAUAUCACACGCAAACUCACACCACGUCCCACCCCUUGAAUUCAGAAUCGAUGAAGCGGGACGGUAUACGCUUUUUAGCGUAGACGCUUACUCGAAACACCUACCACAAAGUUUCAGAGAAGCAGGCGGUGUCUUCUUCUCAAUGUGGCAGAGAGAAGCCAUGUGGCUCAACUUCCAGCAAGGCUCUUACAAAUAUGCAGUACGCGUCUUCGUCGACCAUGUGAAUGCCAUAACUGGACAAGAAAUGCAAAAGGGACUGGACACUAAAGAUGAGAGCAAGUUGCAGGACUAUGUCGUCAUACCUGGACAGGAAUGGCUGGAUGGUAUUUGUAUAGCUCCUGGUAUUGUUCGUCAGUUCGUUGCCAUGUCAUUGAGUUCUGGAUAUACUGUCGAAGUUGAUAACAAAUACAGAAACGAUGGACUGAAAGAGUCCUACACUCCUCGUGAACUUGGCUGCAAAAUUGGAGAUAUACUGAGAUCGUAUCCAACCGAUACAACAUACCGAACGCCUUUCUGGAUUCAAGACUUGGUCACGCCAGAGGUUGAGAAAUUGAGCGAGAACAAGCUUCCCUACAAUGUUGAUCUAUCUUCGGUGGCCCCUGUUAAGCUCAAAGCUGAUGGUGUAAAAGAAACUUCUGAUGUACCUCUACCCGCACGUAGUCACGGAGAACCCCCAUCGAUAUUAUGGAAUCAUGUCCAAUUGGUAGCACCCAUACAGCCACGCCGUGCUAAGAUGAGCAUAAGAAAUAGUGAAAGAUAUGAUUUUCAGUCUCGUGAAGGUAUAGACGAAGGCAUCACAAUGCAUGCUAAGACGGAGAGCGAAGGCAAAAAAGGGUUGAUUGAGCUUACCGAAACCCAAGUCAAAAACAUCAAGACCAUGGGUUUAGCCGCCGGAGGGAAACUAAUCCAAGACAUAUACAAAGACAGAAAUCCCGCCACAAUAUGGAACCACGCUACAGCACGCAUCCUCUACGUGCACAUGCUUGAUCCCGAGAGCUGCGAAAAACCUCCACCCAUGGACGUCAAUAGGUACGUCAAGUCUGGCGGACAGUUCUGGGUUGUCGAAGAGAAAGUCGACGAGCGACUUGAUGGCGGAGAUUUCAACAAUGUAAAGAGUGUCAGUCAGAUGGAUAAACAUGUGGGUAUAACCACGGAACUAGAAUUCAAUCCGGCAAGACCCAAGGUAUGUACGAUGUGUGAGAUGCGACUAUGUGACUGCAUCAUACGCCCAUACGCCUACCAAUUCUGCAAUAUAUGUAUCAAAGCAAUAGAGGAAGGCAGCACCAUCGAACCCGGUUCCCAACAGGCAACGCCCUGGAAAUGUCCCACCUGCAGCACCCCCAUCUCCCAUGUCGCCGGUUUCUCUGCACCCGUGAACCUACCGGGCGAGGAACCCAUGCUCAGGACCAAAGUCCCCGUGAACGUGCUCAAGGUUGAAGACGGGAGAGCGAGGUUUAUGAGCGUGCAGAUGUCCAGGGUCUAAACUCUUCAUCGUAAUCAAUCUCGGGACCGGGUCAGGAGAUGCCAAGCGUAAAGAAGAAGGAGCAGGGAGCAUACUGAUAAGAAAAUCAAUCGUUUAUCAUAAUUCGAUUUCUAAAUUUAAC